AUGCCCCGAGUGCGCCCAAGCGGUGCCGCCGCCAAUGCUCCCGUCACAGCGACUCCUCACAAAGCUGGAAUUAAGAUACCGCUCAACGAUGAUCGCGAAGAAAAAGCAAAGCGCCUACAAUCGCGCCAGGCCUUCCACGAAAUGCACAUGAACUCGCUCAAGGCUGCCGCAUCUCCCGCCCGCAAACGAAAGUCGCUAGGCCCAGAACUCGCAGAUGGCCCUCAAACUCCCAGCGGAAAUGCAUCUCAGGAAGAGGCUUUCCAUGUCGGAGGAAGUGCCGUCACGCCUAUGAAGCGUGUUCCUAUCCUGGCCAACUUUGAAGAAUGGAUGAAAAUGGCCACCGAUAACAAGAUUAAUGCAACAAAUUCUUGGAACUUUGCUCUGAUCGACUACUUUCACGACAUGUCCCUGUUAAGAGAGGGCGAUGGCGUCAACUUCCAGAAAGCUUCUUGUACUCUGGACGGCUGUGUCAAGAUUUACACUAGCAGAGUCGACAGUGUCGCAACAGAGACUGGAAAACUAUUGAGCGGUCUUGCCGACAGUGGAAACAAGAAAAAGCGAGGAGAUGCAGAUGAUGAGGAGAACGAGGAUGGUGAAGAUGAGGAGGGCGAAGACGGCACCAAGAAAAAGACGAAGAAAAAGUCACACCGCUCAGAGGCCACACUGGCAACGUCUUUCGCUCAACUGCAGCUCAAGAAGAUGGAACUCGAAUUUUCUGUCGACCCACUGUUCAAAAAGGCAUCCGCUGACUUCGAUGAGGGCGGCGCAAAAGGCUUAUUGCUGAACCAUCUCUCCAUAGACAACACUGGAAGGAUCGUCUUUGACAGCAGCGACGAUGCACAGGAUGAUGAUGAAUCUCGACGAGACAGCAUGGUUGAGGGGGAGGAGGAGAAGCUCGACGAUGAGGAAAUCAAGGCCGCUCCGCCGGCACCCAUCGACAUAUCUGGACUGGCUGCUCGUUUCUUCCCCGAUCUCUCCAAACUCGACUCUCAGGAUAUCUGCCCCUCGCUCAAGACUUUUGAACUUGGUGGUGGCAGCGCCUCGAUGGAUUUGCCCUUCUUGAAGGCCCCUGAAGAUUGGCGCACGCAGAAGGAAGAGGAGGACCAUGAUGACGCUCGUUCUGGAAUUGUUCUGGGCGACGAUGAUGCUGUUGGCUUCGACGACGAUGACGGUGCAUUCGGCGGCUUUGACAUUCCCAUCGAUGCUGGUUUCGGUGAGGGUGGUGAAGCCUGGGCUAAGGAGGCACAUGUCGAGCCACAACUUCGACCUCACGAUGCAGGCGCCGACGUUGAUGCUGGCGUUGGUGUUGAUGCAGAAGGCGGCGAGGUGGGUGGGUUCGACUCAAACGGCAACCAGUUCGGUGUCACUCUGGCGCAUCGCGGUGACGAACACGAGAACAUUCUGAGCUACUUUGAUCAAGCACUGCAAAAAAACUGGGCCGGUCCGGAACAUUGGAAAAUCAAGAAGAUCAAGGAUGCAGCGAAAGCGACACCUGCCACGACGAAGAAGAAGGAAAAGGAGCCUUUCGAGAUCGACUUCAUGAGUCCAAUGAACCAACAACUAGCCGACCUCCUCUACAUACCAGCUCCCUCGAACGCGACUAUCAGUCUGCCCAAGAAGGACUGGAAGAGCAAGACGCGCAAUUUGCUACCCGAUGACAAGCACUUUAGCUCACGCGAUCUGCUACGACUUUUCCUCAAGCCCAAGGCUCGCAUGGGUUCACGAAAGUCAACGCAACAGACGCGUGGCGGUGUUGAACAGUUCCAACACGGCGACGUAGAUGAGGCAUAUUGGGCAAAUAACCAAGGUCUGGCUGAACCUCAACCCAUCGAUGAAGAAGGUGCUCGAGGAGAUUACGACGCCAACUUUUUCCAAGACGAUGGCUUGGGUGCAGCACCAGGCGCUGCGGAUGACGAUGACGAUUUUGCGGAUGCGCAAGAGAUGUUGCCAGCUGCUGAUGCCUUCGAUGCUGCACAGUCAGGGGUACCUAACGAUCUACCCCCGAGCAGCCAAGAAACCGCCUUUGGAUCGAAUCUCAUCACGCAAAGUAGACGCAUGCGACCAGAAUAUGUACAAUACGCACGUGUGGCGAAGAAGGUCGAUGUACGACGACUGAAGGAAGAAAUGUGGCGAGGCAUUGGAUUUGAAAUUGAACCUACACAAACUCCUUCCAAAGCACCACCACCACCAACCGUCGAUAUAACCGAAGAAGGCACCUUCAAAUUCACAGAUGUGAUGAACAACCUGCGGCACGUCUAUCCCCAACAACAAUUAUCAGAUAUCAGCACGAGUUUCGGGUUCAUUUGUUUAUUGCACUUGGCCAACGAAAAGGGUCUGGUCAUUGAAAACCAAGAAGGCUUUGAAGAGUUGAUAUGCAGGAAAGAUGUCAGUUUCAAUGCCGCAGAUAAUGUUUAG